GUCAGCUUCGACUCCCUUUCAUUCAUAAACCCACUACAAUCGUUUUCCCUCCCAGAUCAUUUCACUCAUUAGACCACUUAGACCCCUCCGUCAAGAUGCCACUCCCGAAAUCAGACUACCUGAGCGACACCUGGAAGGACGGCCUGUUCACAAACAAGGUCGUCUUCUGCACCGGCGGAGCCGGCACCAUCUGCAGCGCGCAGGUCCGCGCCCUCGUUCAUCUCGGCGCCAACGCGUGUAUCGUCGGACGGAACGUCGAGAAAACCGAGAAAGUCGCCCAGGAUAUCGCCACCGCUCGACCGGGGGCAAAGGUGAUAGGAAUCGGCGCUGUCGACGUGCGGUCCAUUGACAGUCUCAAUAAUGCGGUGGAGCGGUGUGUCAAGGAACUCGGAGCGAUUGACUUCGUCAUUGCUGGUGCGGCGGGAAACUUCCUGGCCUCGAUCAACCAGAUCUCUGUGAAUGCUUUCCGGUCGGUUAUGGAAAUUGAUGUUUUGGGCUCGUACAAUACGCUCAAGGCCACUCUUCCGCAUCUGAUAGAAUCAGCGAAGAAGCACAGGGUGGACUCGAAGACAUUGAAACCAUCUCCAGCGGGAACUGGAGGCCGAAUCAUCUUUGUUAGCGCAACACUACACUAUACCGGCACACCAUUCCAGGGUCACGUCGCAGUCGCCAAAGCGGGUAUCGAUGCCUUGUCAAAUACAGUCGCGCUUGAAUUCGGACCCUUGGGAGUUACCUCGAACGUCAUUGCUCCUGGUCCUAUUGCCUCGACAGAGGGUCUGGACCGCCUCCUCCCCUCCGACAAAAUGGCCAAAGUCGUCAAGUCGCAGCCUCUCGGUCGCUUUGGCUCUGUCCGAGACAUUGCAGAUGCGACCGUGUACCUCUUUGCAGACACCGGUAGCUACGUAAGCGGACAAAUCCUUGUUGUGGACGGUGCCAGUUGGCGCAUCUCAUCUGGCGUGGGGUCGGCGGAUUAUCCCGAUUUCCUUCUUUCAGGCGACACGUUUCAGAACGUCAAGGGGAAGAAAAAGGCGAAGCUUUGAGCGUUUAUAUAGGAUAGACUUAUGCUGUUAGGUACUCUAUCAAUCAUGGAUAUAUGCAUUCAUCUUGUGUUGUGUUGAUCCUGGUCGAACAACUGACUCGCAGUUCAGCGUUCUUGUUAAUUCGACAGUCCUCAAAAAAGCCAGCGGCCCUUAUCGUUGAAACUUUCGGUGAACAAGGAAGUUGAUCCGCAAGGUACCUCUCAGACUGUCGAAUCUGCGAUUUGUCUUGUUAUGGUUUGAGCCAUCGCCGACGCAGUGCGUUGUUC